AAAAAAAAGUCACAAAGAAUACCAAAAAGCACUUGUUGUCUCCGUCUCUAUUCUCGCCCACUUCACGGAUUCCUCACCCUCUCCCUCUCCCUCUCCCUCUUCCUACAAUGUCUUCACUUUCGCAAUCAAUUUCCCAAUCUCCCACCAAUUUUCCCUCUUUUUCUAUCCCUUCAAUCCCCUUUAAACCCACCUCUCUUGUCUCCCAUUUCUCCACCUCCUCCCUACCGUCGUUUCCUUCCCUCUUCGUUUCUCUCCCUUCCCGCCCUUCCCACUUCCUUUCUUCAGUUAUGUCCUCCAAUUCCCAGUUCUCUAAUGAUGUCCACACUGCCAUUGAUAUGGGUUCUGAUGCUCAUGACCUUGAUCGCUUUGCCGAGGUUGCCAGCUGGGCUGCGGAUGCUGCUGGGGAAGUCAUUCGGAAGUACUUUCGCAAGAAGUUUGAGAUCAUUGAUAAGCCGGAUUUCAGUCCUGUGACUGUGGCUGAUCAAGCAGCAGAGGAGUCUAUGGUUUCAGUAAUAUUGGAGAACUUUCCUUCUCAUGCUAUUUAUGGUGAGGAAAAGGGAUGGAGAUGCAAAGAGAAUUCAGCUGAUUACGUUUGGGUUUUAGAUCCCAUUGAUGGCACAAAAAGUUUUAUUACUGGAAAGCCCCUGUUUGGCACUCUCGUUGCAUUGUUAUAUAGAGGGAAACCAAUUUUGGGCAUCAUUGAUCAGCCUGUUCUGAGAGAAAGAUGGAUAGGAUUGAAUGGGAGGAAAACUACAUUAAACGGGCAAAAUAUAUCCACCAGAACUUGUUCAGACAUAUCACAGUCCUAUUUAUAUACUACAAGCCCUCACCUUUUCAGUGGAGAAGCAGUUGAGGCAUUUGCUCGUGUGAGAGACAAGGUAAAAGUUCCGCUCUAUGGUUGUGACUGCUACGCAUAUGCCCUUUUAGCAUCUGGUUUUGUAGAUCUUGUGGUUGAAUCUGGUCUCAAGCCGUAUGAUUUCCUUUCUCUAAUACCCAUAAUCAAAGGGGCUGGUGGUGAAAUAACCGAUUGGAAAGGAGAUGAGCUUUAUUGGGAGGCCUCACCUAAUUCCCAAGCAACAAGUUUUAAUGUUUUAGCAGCUGGGGAUAAAGGUAUACAUAAACAAGCCCUUGAAUCAUUAAGAUGGGUCUGACAAUUCUAAAUACUCGCAAGAGAGAAUAGUUGGCUUUCAAGUUUCAGUUUGACCGCAACUUUUGGCCUCUUGGACCGGACGUAACACAGAAUAAAAAAAACAAAUGCAUAGCAUAGUUAGUGCAGAUGCAUCUUUAUCUUCAUGUAUUACUGGUGACCGUUUAAGUGCAACACUAACAGAACGAGGUCUCCCUUCAUUGUUCUUCAUGUUGAGAAAUAGACGAUAAUCAAUAAUUGAAAUGGCCCCCUCAAUUGGAGAUUCUUAGA